AUGUCUAAUCGCUCGGGUAUUCCCUGCUCUGAGGAAAUGUCGGAGUACUAUGACGGUAACCCAGACCAUUGGCCCACGAUCCAAGUGAUCCCUCCCACCCCGUACGUCGGCUCUUACAGCCCGUACAUGGAGCCUCUAACUCCAUCCACCAUCUUGACGCCAAUCAGUCUUCCAGACAACUCGUUUGGUCACGUUCCAGCAAUCAGUCACCACUCGCAAGGUUACCACACCCAAGAAUACCAGUAUGACCACAUGUCAGCUCCAGUGGGUCUUGGUAUCUCUGUGCCCUACCCGAGUGACUACCCCCUGCCUUUAGGGCCAAAUCCCUCAUUCGUGUACGCUCCGGAGCCAAUCCGCCAUACUGUGGCACAAGCGCCUAGCCAGUCGGCACAGGGCCCGCCACCAGCUAAGCGCGCCAGGCACCCAUCCUCAGACACGGCCCCUCAGGAGCAGUCAAGCAAUGGACCAGUCAACAUCGCUCCCAAUCCAGAGGGCCUUCUCCGAAUGGAGCAAGAUCGCCAGCACAUCCAGCCAUCUCCACACAUACUCCCCAAAGUCCGGGCCCCAGGCCGCGGACGGCGCGAUCCCGAAGCAGAAGAAGAGGACGCAUUUGUAGAGGAGCUGAGAGAUAACCAAACGGCCUGGAAGGUCGUGCGUGAAGAAUUCCAGAAGAGAUUCCACAAAGAUGCCUCCGAAGCACGCUUACAGAUGCGUCUUCAUCGCCGGCUCCGAGAGCGAAUGGUGCGCUGGGAAGAAUCAGAUGUGAGUAUGUACCUCCCGUAA